UUAUAAACCCAAACAACAGUCAUUCACUUCAUUACCAAUUGUGGAGCAUAGACUUGAUACAACAAAUUUUCACCUUGCUCUUCUGCUUCCUCUAAAGAAUUUUCAGUUUUACCGAUACAUUGAGUCUUAGACAUCUUAGAUUCAUUUCGCUCAAAAUGAAGAUAAAAUCAUUCAUCUUCUCUUCUCUUUUUCUACCGAGAAGAAUGCUUGAAUCUGAUCCUGACAUAGAAGUUUCAUGGCAUCAUUCUAAACAACUUAGGAAACUACGAGCUCGGAAUCCUUAUCGUCUGCAUUCUACCUGUGUCUUGCCCAGGGUUGUGGUCCCGUUGAGGACUUCUUCCAUGUCGACUUGCCCGAUCAACACAUGGACCUCUUCGAGCUGUAUGAGCCGAUGGGAGGUGACCACUUCAACAUCUUCGCGGCCGGCCUCAAGACUGCUGACCGCGUGAUCACCGUCAGCCGUGGCUACGCAUGGGAGCUCACAACAUCCGAAGGUGGGUGGGGACUCCAUGAGAUCAUAAACGAGAACAACUGGAAGUUCCGAGGCAUCGUCAACGGGAUCGACACAGUGGACUGGAACCCUGAGCUGGAUCUUCACCUGCAAUCCGAUGGCUACAGAAACUAUUCCAUUGAGACUCUGCAAGCCGGGAAACCACAGUGCAAGGCGGCGCUGCAGAAGGAGCUCGGCCUCCCUGUCCGCGAGGACGUCCCCCUCAUCGGAUUCAUCGGCCGGCUGGAUCACCAGAAGGGCGUCGACCUCAUUGCGGGUGCGAUGCCUUGUAUCGUCGGGCAGGACGCGCAGCUGGUGAUGCUGGGCACCGGGCGGGCCGACCUGGAGGAGAUGCUGCGCAAGUUCGACAGGGAACACCACAACAAGGUGAGGGCGUGGGUGGGGUUCUCGGUGAAGAUGGCGCACAGGAUCACCGCAGGGGCGGACGUCCUGCUCAUGCCAUCGCGGUUCGAGCCCUGCGGGCUGAACCAGCUGUACGCCAUGAAGUACGGCACGGUCCCGGUGGUGCACGCCGUCGGCGGGCUUCGUGACACGGUGAUCCCGUUCGAUCCCUUCAGGGAGAGCGGGUUCGGGUGGACGUUCGACCGGGCGGAGGCCAACAAGCUGAUCAAUGCGCUGGGGAACUGCCUCAACACCUACAGGAACCAGAAGGAGAAUUGGAAGGGCCUGCAGACGCGAGGGAUGGCACAGGACCUGAGCUGGGACAAGGCCGCCAAACAUUACGAGGAAGUCCUCGUCUCAGCUAAGUAUCAGUGGUGAUCUUUGAGAACAUGAACGAACAGUAUCUAUCUCAGCUAUCUGAUGAUCCAAUCCGGAUCUCUCUUCACCGAACCCGCAAAGAUUCGCCGAACAUGGAACGUCUAUAAGUAUUGUGUGCGUCCGUUUGAUUGAUGACAUCAACAUUUUGACACGUCUCUCUCUCUCUAUCUCUUCCUCGCUGUCUAGAAAUUAUGUCU